AUGCCUCUGAUGCUCGACAACUCCAUGACCGUGGACCUCCCGGACGUCGACGACUUGUUUGGUGACGAUGUCGCCUUGUCGCUUCCUCUCAGGCCCCAGGGAAAACAACUUCAUGGGCGGCUCGACGAGCUGCGGAGCCGGGGCUGCUGUCAGGCUGUGGCCUGGUCGAGGUUGGGAACAAUCGCUUCCUUGACCCCGGAUGGACAGUCGCUCAAGCUUCGGUUCUUGCGCUGCCAUCCCGAAACCGGCGAGUGGGAUCUCAGCGAGCCCACCACGGCCGAGCUCAUCAAGGGCUCGCCUGCCAUCCCCAUGGUGCACCUGGAAUGGAGCGCGGCUAAUACCCCGGACCUGGCCGUCAUCGACGCUGUUGGAAGAGUCACCAUAGCCGCUUUCCCCAACGCUCUCAAUCGCCCAUUCGUCACGAGAAAAUGCGACAACGACCCCGUCGACGACAGGCAUGCCGUCGUGGGCUGCCACUGGCUGCCCGUUGUCUCCCCGCAGAAACCGUUCAACGUCACGUACGGACCUGCCAAGAAACAUGGCAAUUCGUACCAGUAUGAAAGCUCCUUCGUACACGGCGGAGGGCCAUGCCACCCUCACCCGUCGAGGAGCGCCUUGUUUUGUGUCACCAUCGGUGGCAUGGUCAAGAUGUUUUGGGUGCAAAACGACAAUAAGUUGGAGGAGACGCUCUUGGAGCUCGAGAGCGUCAAAUCCUCCGACGAGCUCGUCACUCAUGCGGCUCUUGCUUCGGAUAAGAAACACUUGCUCAUCGUCGUCGCGACGGCCGCCCUCAGCCUGAAGCUCUUCAAGCUUGAGAUACAAUGGGUCGGCCCAGGAAGCUCAUCGGACAAGAACCCGAUGCCCCAAAACGCCCGCUUGAACCCUGUGCUCGUAGACUCUCAUCUUGCCUCGACCAGCUGGCUUCAAAGCGGACCAACCGAAGCGAUCCAUGACGCAUCCGCGGCAGAACUGUCUCAGCUGCACGUUCUGCCUUCCCUCAUGGACCACACAGGCAGCAACACCGUCCCGCCCAUGAUCAUCGCCAUCCGGUCGCGAGCUAACGCAGAAGGGUCCUUCCAGACAGCCCAAAGCGUCCUGGACCGGUGGGAGGCCGUCGAAGAGCGUCAGGGCUUGCAUCUGGCCUUUGAGCAGCUUGGCAACCGCAGAAACAGCAUCUCGUCAGACCUGCCGAAUGCGACCGGCCUGCGAAAGCUCGAGUCCAUCGUCAUCAACAAGGUGGUUGUCGGAUUCCAGGCCAUGCAGCUCGGCAAAGUCCUGCUGCUCACCAUGUCGGACGGGACGGUCGAGUAUCGCGAUCGAUAUUCGUUUGAAGAGCUCUAUGCAACCGAGGAUCUGGCCAGAAUCAUGAGUCUGCGCCAAGUUGGCUGGAAUUUCCCAGAGGACGGCUCAUGUCAGCAGGUCGCCUUUUCGCCAACGCACUGUUCCAUGGUCCAGCUGGGUGACGAUGGGAGGAUGCGAUGGAGCAAGCUGCACUACCUCAUGGGUGACAUAGGCAACUCGAUGCAAGAAGCCCAUUACGCAGCCAGCAUUGCCGGGUUGGCGAUCAUGGCCGCCCCGUCUAUAUGGCAUCAAAACAAUUACGAUGACAUGCUCGCCGUGGUCCAUCAGUUGACGACCAAGAAAAGGUUUAUCCAGGACUGGGUCAGUGAGCUCAUUCGCAUCCUCAAAAUCCAAGUUGACUUCUCUGAAGAGGCGCACCACGACAGCCUCAUGAGAAACUGGACUCUGCAGGCCUGCCUGAGCAUCAUGAACAGCUUGGGGUUCCGAGGCGAAUGGAGCAAAAGAAUGUUCCAGAGCAAGUUUGCGACAUUGGAUCUCAAUAUCCGAAACGUAGUGAUUCUCAUCUCGCUGUCGAGCAACGCGCCGCCGACGGUCCGUGAAUUGAUAAGCCCUCUCGAUGAGCACGAGGUCGUCGAAGCGUUGGCCGGCUGCGCAAAGUGGUCGCUGGAUCUCUUAUCCUGGCUCACCGAUUGCCUGUUUGAAUUGAUGAACGACGAAAAGUUUACGCAGCGGCUGGUGCCCCAGCGGUUCAACGAGUUGAUGGCCUACUUGCACGAGAGAAACGACAUAUCUCUACACCUGAUUCUCUGUUCCAGCAGCCGAAGCUUCUUGUCUGCCCUCUGUCGCCGGAUAGUACACCUGGAAGCGCUGAGCAACAGGGCAAUAGACUACUACAGGCGGCAAUCGGCGGGGGCGGAGCAGAUGGGGAGCGGCAAGCCGCCGAACCCUCAACUGCAGCAGGCAUACCAGAGAAUGCAGCAAGUAACGGCGUCCAGCCCGGUCAGGGUUGCCGAGUUUGAAAAGCUGCUCAGCGUGCUCGGGUCGGACAUCCGGCAAGCCUACCAGGCGUUUCUGCCGACGUGGAUCAAGAACGGCUCUAAUCCGCCGCAGGGCAAGCAGAUGGAUGCGGCGAUCAAGACGGCGCAGGUGCAGCUCGAGGUGGGCAUGCUGCUUGGGACAUCGCCGCCGCCGGCAUUUAUGCCCGUGAUGAAGAAACUGCUGGUGAAGGACCUGCCGGCGCUUUGGGACCUCGCCAACCCGGCAACAAUAUUCUUUGCCGACUACACGCUUCUGGGGGUGCAAGACGACGUGCACAGCCUCGUCGCCCGGAGGGCCAGGGGCGCGCACGUGGAUCUGUUCAAACGGGUCGAGCUCCGGCGAAGCGCGACGGGGCUACAGUGGAGGCGAUGCACGAGAUGCUCGUCGGUGAUGGAGGAUGUUUCGUCGGCCGGUAGGCCCGGCUUCACGUUUGUCCUGGGUCAGCAGCGAAGAUGCUCGUGCGCCGGCUACUGGGCACUGCUGCCCGAAGGCAAGCUCGUGCAGUGA